AUGAAGGAUGACGAUACACACCUGAAGGAUGACUCUACAUACCUGAAGGAUGAAUAUACACACCUGAAGAAUGGCUCUACACACCUGAAAGAUGACUCUACACACCUGAAGGAUGACAUUACACACCUGAACGAUGACUCUACACACCUGAAGGAUGACGAUACACACAUGAAGGAUGACGAUAUACAACUGAAGGAUGACUCUACACACCUGAAGGAUGACUCUACACACAGGAAGGAUGACGAUACACACAGGAAGGAUGACGAUACACACCUGAAGGAUGACGUUACACACCUGAAGGAUGACUCUACACACCUGAAGGAUGACUAUACACACCUGAAGGAUGACGUUACACACCUGAAGGAUGACUCUACACACCUGAAGGAUGACUCUACAAACAUGAAGGAUGACGAUACACACCUGAAAUAUGACGAUGACUCUACUCACAAGAAAGAUGACCCUACACACCUGAAGAAUGACUCUACACACCUGAAGGAUGACUCUACACACAUGAAGGAUGACUCUACACACCUGAAAGAUGACUCUACACACCUGAAAGAUGACUCUAAGCACCUGAAAGAUGAAUAUACACACCUGAAGAAUGACACUACACACCUGAAGGAUGACGAUGACUCUACACACCUGAAAGAUGAAUAUACACAACUGAAAGAUGACGCUACACACCUGAAGGAUGACUCUACACACCUGAAAGAUGAAUAUACACACCUGAAGGAUGACUCUACACACCUGAAAGAUGAAUAUACACACGUAAAGGAUGACUUUACACACCUGAAAGAUGAAUAUACACACCUGAAGGAUGACGCUACACACCUGAAGGAUGACUCUACACACCUGAAAGAUGAUUCUACCUACCUGAAGGAUGACUCUACACACCUGAAAGAUGAAUAUACACACCUAAAGGAUGACGCUACACACCUGAAGGAUGACUCUACACACAUGAAGGAUGACUCUACACACCUGAAAGAUGACUCUACACACCUGAAGGAUGACUCUACACACCUGAAAGAUGAAUAUACACACCUGAAGGAUGACGCUACACACCUGAAGGAUGACUCUACACACCUGAAAGAUGACUCUACACACCUGAAGGAUGACUCUACGCACCUGAAGUUUGACUCUACACACCUGAAGGAUGACUCUACACACCUGAAGAAUGACUCUACACACUUGAAGGAUGACUCUACAUACCUGAAAGAUGAAUAUACACACCUGAAGGAUGACUCUACACACCUGAAGAAUGACUCUACACACCUGAAGGAUGACUCUACACACCUGAAAGAUGAAUAUACACACCUGAAGGAUGACUCUACACACCUGAAGAAUGACUCUACACACCUGAAGGAUGACUCUACAAACCUGAAGGAUGACACUACACACCUGAAGGAUGACACUACACACCUGAAGAAUGACUCUACACACCUGAAGGAUGACACUACACACCUGAAUGAUGACUCUACACACCUGAAGGAUGACUCUACACACCUGAAGGAUGACACUACACACCUGAAGAAUGACUCUACACACCUAAAGGCAUGA